CGGCUCCCGGAAGUAAAUAUAAAUAACAGGAUUAUCGCUCUGGUUGAGUAACGGGUAUAUUUUAGCUCAACCUUUACCAGAAUUAACCAACCAGAUUUAGCAGAAGAGAGAUGGUAUACGGAAGCAGUUGGUUGUUUGUGAAUAUAUAGAAAUAGCAAUACAUUUACGCGGUAUUGAAACGAAAUGAUAUGACUUGGUGACACAUUUUAUGUCUUCCUUUAGUCGUUUGGUUAUUGUUACAAAUUACUAUCGCGGAUAAAUAUCAACUGGAAGUAGCUGCAACCGCUGACUGGGUUAACAAGGAGUUUGGAAAAGGGCAUCAUGGAAUGGCCAGAAGAAUUUCCUGAAGACCAUACCUUUGUGGAGUUUCUGAUUCCAGGUGUUUCCAGUGAUCUGGACUUUGAUCAGUUUCUGAAAGACACAGAGGAGAAACUCAGUCUCAAUGCCAGCAGCAUUGAACAACAGCUGAAGGAGCUCCAAGCCAACAUGGAAGACUUCAGAAUGGGGGAUCGUCCACCCAGUCCCACAGAUGUCUUACAGUGGUUCAACGUGAGAGCGCAAAACACCCUGAAGCCUCUUUCCACAGACCUUUUAGACUUCUUCAGAGCACUGCAACAGUACCUUAAAUCAGAUGAAGGGGGGAAAGAAGAAGUGACACUUCAGCUAUUGCUGAAUCUUUCCACCCAGUGUGGGGUCUACUUUCCUUGUUCCUUCUUUUCGUCUUCCUCUCUUCAUCCUCAUCUGCCUGGCUCCUCUGUCCACACGCUACACACGGUCAAAGAUGACUUCUCAUUAGAGAUUAAGGAGGUAUGGGAUGCUGUGCGUCUUCAGUUGCGACGAUUCCUGUUGGACCGCCUGUCGUACUACUCCUCAGAACAUCCUGGUUCCCCUCAGAUUUCCACUAUGGCCAUCCUUGAACGUGUCCACUGUCUUCAGCAGUUGUUUUUUCUCUACCCUGAAUGUGAAGUGCUCACAGAUUACCAGGGCUUGAAACAGCAGUAUGUGGUCAGCAUUCUGCACUCAAGCAUGAGCAGUAGCUCAGGUGGUGAGACCGGCUUUGACAAACUGGUAACAGGUUUCUGCAAUGCGGUCCCGCAUGUGACCCGAGCCCUCACAGAGGAGCUCCAGGUCCUUUCGAGGGUAUCGGAACCCCACGUCGUACUCAGCUUUUUAAACGUAGCUUAUUUUGGGGCUGUUGCCCAAGAACUGGCCUUCCAGAUGGAGAGAGAAUGUGAAACAGCCCAAAGAGACAACACGGCGCUGAGCAGCAAGAUCAAAAAAUACUCUGCAAGGUCCCGAGCAACCGUAGCACCAAUGGAGCUUGCUGGGAAAAGCAGGAGCUUCAGUUUGACCUCCCACCAGUUGAGGGCAUUAACCCAGCUGGCUUGCAUCCUGCUAGGCUUUGAGAGAGAUGUGAGGGAGCUGGUCACUAACAUCACCUUCAUAAACUGCAUAGGAGACACUCCAGCUUUAAAAGACAUUUUGAAAAAGCCUAAAGAGGAUUCAAGUACGACAACAGAUGGCAAGAGACCCACCGCAGACAAUCUUCACACUCCAAAGGCACAGACUUUGGAGUUAAACUGGAGGUCAGCUUUCUGUAGGCUAGUCCCACACAUGGAGCAUUGUGUUAAAGUCGUGCUAGAUGACGUCUGUGCAAAGAAUCUACAGCAAGAAGAGGCCUUACAUUCUUCAGGACACAUCUCAGUCAACCUGAGUCCUGUUGCUGACUUCUCUGUCAGCAACAAACAUCUCCAAGAAGACUUCUUCAACAAAGACUUCGAGAGAGACACUCCUAAAAUGACAGCAAAGUUCUGUGGAGCAAUUCUGACUGAGCUCGAUGCCUUACUGCCACUGGCAGUAGCCUGCAGGGACACUUCUCUCCUGGGGGUGCGAUCAAGCUUCGUGGAAGCGUGUAGCAGAGCAGCAUUUGCUAUGCUGGGCCGUUUGCAGGAGAGGGCCCUGGAGGUACCGUCCUCUGCACCCCUGAAGAACUUGCCUGCUCUGCUUGCUUCCUGCAUUUAUGUGCAACAGCGACUAGAGCAUUACAAUGUCGUGCUGAAGGAUUCAAGUACAGCUUCAGCUAAAAUAUCCUUGACUCUGCUACCGAUCCAAAGGUACCAUGAAACAGUGGAGGCUUUAAGAGAACAGCUGACCAGCUACUGCAUUCAGGUUUGCUUUGCCUGUAUUCUUCAGGAUGCAGAAAGUCAUGACUGGACUGACCCUAAACCCUUCUAUGAGGGAGAGCGGUGUUCCUUCUCACUGCAGAUGUGGUUUUACUUCCUAUGUGGUCUUCGUAGCGACCUGUGGGUAGUCCUUCCACCAGAAUUGGCCAAGGAUGUACUUGGAUAUGUGCUGACAGAGACCUUGCAACUAUUGGUGCAAAGAUAUGCCAGGGUCCGUGCUUCAUACAAGAGACACCUGCAGAUCAGGAGUGACAUCACAGCGGUGUUGCUCUACGUGGAGCACCUCUUGUGGAGUGUUGGUGAGAGUCCAGAGGGCAUGAUUCUGAUCAACCCUUCUUCAGAAAUUACCAUUAUAGGAGGUGGCUCGGACUGGCCUUACCGAAUCCACAGCCUGUGUGACCAACUACUGACAGUCCUCCUAAUUGUUACAGCACCAAUAUCUUUUGUGCAUAGAACAUUUAUGGGUGGUGCUUCAAAGGACUCCUUGCAAAGCCAGCCGGAAAAGCCUGUUGUGCGCUGGCUAAAUGCUAUCAAUCCUGACCUCUUCACAGAACAGGUCAUGAGAGAUGGCCUUAUGGGUGAGGCAGCCUUGGCAUGCCAGUUGAGGCUACUGACCUCUGACCCAGGAUGCAGUCCCAAGCUGCUGCUGCGAAUGCUGCUUCAUGAAGAUUGUCACCUGCCCAGAAUACUCCUGGAAAAUUCCUAUUUUUGCCAGGAGACUGACUCAGAAAUGUCCGUGGAAGAUUGCAAGGCAGGAGAUGACUUCAUAGUUGCUUUGUUCAACUUGUUCUCCUGCCUGAAUUGUGUUCCCAAGGCUUUGACUCAGGCCCUUCAGCCAUACCUGGAGAGAAUACACAUUUGGAAAUAUCUCUACACACUGGCAGACACUACACAGACGCCACCAGUGAUUAUUGACUGUGUCCGGGCAUUGGUGACAAAGUCAACCAACAGCAUACUGGUACACUUGGUCUCCAUGGUGCUGGCUUGGCAGGGACCAGAGGAGUGUAAAGAAGCCCUAUUUAAACGAAAAGUGCCAGAGAGUGUCCUGGCUAAGAUACCUAAGGACUGGAACUAUGGAACACCUGAUGGAAGAGGAAAGGAUACUGCCUCUAAAACUGUCAUAUCCUUAGCAGUUCAAGCAUUAUCCUUCAUUUUUACCAACCUGCCGAUGGCCAUAUCGUCGUUGCCUCUUUCUAUCCGCUUCCUCUUUCAAAUGGCAGAAAAGUACCUGUCCCAGCAUGCCCGGCAGUUGCGCUCAAUGGGCCUGUUGCUAUGGGCGCUGCUAGGGUGUUUGAUCCAGGGUCUGGAAGACCCUGAUACACUUGAACAGAUCAGUGGUCUAGCUCUGGACUGCGGGGCAAAAGACUGUCUGUCUCUGUUCAGAGAGUGUCUGCAGGCUGCAAUGAGCAUCCAACAAAAGGGUGUUCCCAAACCUACAGUGCACAAAGUACUGCAGACUCUGGAGGAAAAGAGACCCAAAUGGAUAAACACGCAGCUACAGAAAGCUCGCAAACUCUGUGCAGAAAGCAUCUUUGAGCAGGGAGUAGAGAGAGAUGCUGCGGCUGAACUGACUGAGCAGAAAAUAUGCCUGAUGCUACUGGAGGUCUGCCACAGAGCAGGUGGCUGCGUCUACCUGAGGCAUAUCUAUCACAUCAUCCAAGGCAAUGAGGAGCUCCUGAUGUCUAAACUCAGUGGAAAUACAGACUGUCCAUUUUUCUCAGUGAAUUUUGAUGUCAGCCAAGAGAGUGCUGAUCGCACUAUCUGCUUCAACCCCCUCGUGCAGUUUGACCACAUUGGCAAAAAGAAGCUGGAUCAGAGCAAAGUGGUUGACUGGACGUGGGACUGGCCGAGGCUGCUGCCAGUCUAUGAGGGCAUAAGUCAGGUCACCUUCAGAAGCCUGAUUGCCAACAGUUCCCACCCUGAGGUGAGCCGGCAUCUAAUCUCUCCACUACCAAUCUCGAGUCCAAAUCACAUUAGGCGGGAUCAGAGGUGAAACUGGAGCUUUUCAACAGCAGACUGUUCUCACUAAUGAACCCCCAUGGCCAUCCAUUGCAUAUUACAGCCAUGCUGAGUGAGGGCGAGAAAGUUUUUGCAAUAAUCAUUAUGUAAUUGCACAAUGGUUUCCAUAGCCCUGACAUUUUGAAAACUCGAUAGCAAUAUCUUUAUGCUUCUCCAUGGGGAGUAUGUUUGGAAGGGCUGCACUAUAUAUGAUGGAUGGUUUUCUAAGGCUAAACAAUAUACUUAUUGUAAUUAUCUAUUGAGGUGUCCAUCUGAAGUUUGUACUGUAAACUUAAUUAUUUUAUUUGCUGUGAAUUCUUGGCUGUAAACCCCCACAGACUGUGCUGCUUUGGUUGAGUAAAUAUGGCCAUCAGUGAUGUCACUCUAAAAUACUUUUACUAAUACUUUCACUAACACAACUAUUUCUUCCUUCACCUUACUUAUUCUAUGAAUUCUUACUAAGCCGCCAUGAAACUUUGGACUAAGCUUAUCUGUGCUAAUUCAUAUUCAGCCUACCACUGAACACUUGAGUGAAUAUUCAGAAGUGGCAUCCUUCUAUUGACUUGUAUCUGUCUGCUGUGCAGCUCAGUGAUAUACUAAGCCCAAGCCUGUCUAGUCCAUUGACUGGCCCAGGAUGGAAGGGCAGCAGAGAGGAUGCACAACUGCAUGCUCCUCCAAUCAAUUACCUGGUUACUGCGCUGCCACAAAAGCUACAGCUUUUGUAAAAACACUGGCUGUGUCACAUAUAGCCUUGUGCACAGUUUAUUAGGUAGUCAAAGCAAUUCCUCCCUGUUUAAUUUUAUUGAUAAUUUUAUUAGAGAUUUAGAGGGCUGGUUAUUCUAAAUUUGUGUGGGUUGAAAGCAAGAGCAUGGCUGAGUUUUGGGUUCUGACAACUUUCUUGGAAACAAAAUGCCUUAACCUCUGAGAAUAAAUGGCUUUAGAUUCAGGAUACACCAUUGAGGCCUAUGUUAGUAUACGGUCGCUCCAUGUGUUUGACUUUAAGGGGUUCUGUAAAGUCACGCACACAAGAAACAAUAAAUGUUUUUGCCAGUAACUCUCUUUUUGCUUUCAUUAUCAGUUAUGGAUAAUUUUGCUAAUGUUUCUAAUGUUGUUUUGUUUACAUGUUUAAACUAAAGUGUUGCUUGCAGUACUUAGUUUAAUAAUGUUUCCAAAUUCACUGAUUAAAGGAUCACAUCUGGCUUCUGAUCCAGUCUGUGCAGGGCAAUUGCUGUAUCACCCCCUUCAGCACCUGCAGCUAUACAGCACAUGAUGUUCUCUGAAUGCAAAGUAAUAAAAGCUGCAAAUGCAUGAAUGUAUAUUGAAAUGGUUACUCAAACUUUGCAACAGAUGUGAAGUUUGACUGUUUUUUCAUGUCAUGUGUACCACCUUUCAAAAGCAUCUGUACUAUUGAACUUUUUACAAUUUGUCAAGCUCAAUGUAUUACAUUAUCAGUUCAUGUGAUAGACCAUGUGGCAUGUAGUAGUAAAACAAAAUGUUACAAAAGUAAUUAUGAGAAGUGCG